AUGAUUAAUCACAUACAAGAAACAUGCAGAUUAGAACAGAUCAAGAAGGAGCCGACAAUUAUUUAUGAAGACAAUGUUGCUUGCAUAGCCCAGAUCAGAGAAGGUUACAUCAAGGGUGAUCGAACAAAGCACGUCUCACCAAAGUUUUUCUCAACAUACGAUUUGAAGAAAGAAGGGGAAAUUGAUGUUCGUCAGAUCAAGUCAAGUGAAAAUCUAGCAGACCUGUUUACAAAGUCUUUACCUAGAAGCAGUUUCGAGCAGUUAUCACAUAAGAUCGGGCUUCGUAGGUUAAAAGACAUUAGUUAA